AGAUAUGCGAAAAAAAGCAGUGCAACGAAACGCAACAUGAGACGUUUUAAUCACAUGAAAUUAACGUAGUAUCUAUGUUAUUGCUGCGACAAGGAGAGGUAGACCAAGUUCGUUGCAACCGUCGACCAUUCAACAUCUUUGUUUAUUUGUUUAUCUGUUGCUGAAGACAGAUUAAUUAUCCGGUAUAAUAUGUGCAUAUAUUCUUGUAAACAAGUAGUUUUAAGUCACCAUCGUCACACUGCAACUACCGCCAGCUGCCACUCUCGGUUUCGUUUGAAAACGCACAUGUUGUUUGUUGGUUGGUUGGUUGUUGUUUUUUUUUAUCAGCCAAAUGCAAAACGUAACUCGUUUUGUAUGCGCAUUGUCUUCGCUGUGCCAGUGGUUAAAACGCGGUUUAAAUCAUAACGCUCGCUCAUAUUGCUUAUGAAAUCAAUUCCGAGAACAUAUAUUACCAGGUGAUUUCUGAGAUUUGAGUUUAGUUUGAUUUUGAUAAUUGCACAUGCAAUACACGACGCUUAAAACUGGGCCUGGACUAUUGUUUAGCUGAUAACUCAUAAACAUUGAAACAAAGUCUAUUAGUUUGUUUUACAAAGAGCGUUCAUAUCAUUUUAUGAUGCAAUUAAAUGCGAAACAAAACGAAGUCAUCAAGUGUCCUUGUGUGUAAAUCGUCAUAAUUGGUUUUUUGUAAUUCGAAUUGAGUUCGUGUUUUCUUCAUAGUCAGUGGUUUAUGAUAUAGUUAUUGUGUGUUUGUGGUUUGCAACGGCUGUUUUUCAUUACGUGCGAUCUGUAGCAGUUUAAUCAAGUGUGAAUAUGAUAUUGAUGAUUGUGUUAAAUGCACACGUUAUUGAUUGAAAUUAAAAAAAAACAAACUACAAUAACAAACGAUCGAUCUACACGCUGUGUGUGUGCGUGAGCGUGGUGUGUGCACCGGUUAGUAAUCAAUUUUUAACCUUGGUCGAGAUUCGACCAGCCACGCAGUUUUUGCGAAUUUUCGUUCGAAACACACCACACUGAUAUUAGAUAUAACAAUUAAAUAAAAAUGCGAUUGAUGCAAAUACAAUCACUUCUAGUCGCAUUGUUGUGUGCAUUAUGUUUGGUCAGCGAUGCAGUUUCACCGUUUAAAAGUCGUGGCAAUGGAAUCGGUGUCGGCGUUAUGAUGAACAAUCCAACGGCAAAUCCACCAAAUUUAUUUUCACCGAUAUUAGGCAGUCAUGGUGGCAUUCGACCGCAGAAUUAUAUUUUUGGCGAUAAAUUUGGUGAAAAAUUUCCACAAUAUCAAAGUCAAACGCCAGUGCUGAGCUAUGUACCACCACAUCAUAAUUAUCACAAUAAAUUUCAAAAUCAUUUUAGUGGAUCACAUCAAACCAAUAUAAAUCGACCGCGACAAUUUCGAAAUCCAUUCGAUGUAAUCUAUGAAUGGCAUCAACUUGAUUUUGAAUAUCCAACAUUUUUAGAUCGACAACGUGCUAUUUUAAAUGGUGAUUUUAUUCCAACAAAUAAUGUACCUUUAGGUGUAGAUCGAUGGCGAAAUCGAUUGUUUGUCACGAUGCCACGAUGGAAAAAUGGCAUUCCAGCUUCAUUAGCUUCAUUGCCGUUGCCAGCGCUCGAUCGAUCUCCACCGAUGCGCCCGUAUCCAACUUGGGAUUGGCAUUCUAACCCAGAAGCGUUACAACCCGAUUGCACACGUUUGAUGUCUGUCUACCGUAUUUGGGUCGAUGAAUGUGAUCGUCUGUGGGUGCUGGAUUCUGGCAUUAUUAAUGCAACAAUUCAAAUAAAUCCAGUUUGCCCACCAAAACUACUUGUUUUCGAUUUACGUACCGAUCAACCGAUUUUCUCUUACGAAUUUCCACCGGAUCAAGUAAAAGAGGAUUCAUUACAUUCAAAUUUAAUUGUUGACAUUCGUAACGGACGAUGCAAUGAUGCGCACGCUUACAUAACGGACGUUUGGCGUUAUGGCAUCACCGUAUUUAGUUUAGCCAAAGGUCGUAGUUGGCGCAUUUCACAUCAUUUCUUCUAUCCAAAUCCAGAAGCAUGUGAUUAUACAUUGAAUGGCUUGAAUUUUCAAUGGACCGACGGUGUGUUUGGAAUGAGUCUAUCACCAAUUAACGAACCACCAGAUCGUUUACUUUUUUUCCAUCCGAUGUCAAGUUUUGGGGAAUUUCUCGUGAGUACAAGUGUUUUGCGCAAUGAAUCCGCUUGGACGUUAAACAAUGGUGCUGGCCAAGCCGGUUCAUUUGUUCAAAUUGGCGAUCGUGGCAACCGGGGACAGUCUUCAACGUCAGGCAUCGAUCGAAAUAACGUACAAUUCUUUACGUUAGUACAACAAAAUGCGGUCGGAUGCUGGGACAGCGAUCAACCUUACUUCCAAAAUACUAUCGAUAUCGUUGCACAAGAUAAUACAACUUUAAUAUUUCCAAAUGAUUUGAAAGUGGAUCAAGAACUUGAUCAGGGUGUAUGGGUGCUAAGCAAUCGUUUGCCGGUGUAUUUGUAUUCACAACUUGAUUUCACUGACAUCAAUUUCCGAAUUCAACGAGCUAGCACUCGUGAUGCUAUUAUCGGCACGGCGUGCGACACAAACAUUCUAAAACAACCAUUGCAUACAUUAGCAAUGCCUUGAAGUGACAAACAUUUUUCCACUCUCAUUUCAGUAUUAUGAAUAAAUAAUAAAUAAAUUUACUGUUUUUUCCUUCACUUUAGCUUCAAUUCUACCUGCUUACAGCUUCAUUAACUAUAUUUU